UGCUGCGUCAAGCAUUCGUUCGCCGGCCCGCGGGAAAGCAAGACGUUGGCAAAGGUGUUGCGUUACACAGCCAGUGCCAAAACAAAAUAAAUAGGUAUUCUGCCAGUGAAAAUAAAUACUAAAAUGAAGUUGUUUAUUAGUUUGGUGGUUUGUUUACUGAGUGUUAGUUUCGUGGUAUGUGGUGAGAGUAUAUACAAAGCGGCCGUAGUGUGUACUAAGGACUUCAAUGACCCGGCUGCAAUAAAUGAAGCUGCUAAAUUGAACGUGGAUAUUUUGGUCCUCCCAUCUCCAAGACUUGACUCUCAUUUCAAUGGAUUGGAUAAUUAUGAUGAGAUAACAAAAUCCAUCGCAAGCGCAGCCAAGCAAGCUGGUGUGUACGUGGUGGUCCAUCUGAUGGAGAAGACUCGCUGCCAGAAUCGGGACGAGCUGGUUAGAAGCAACCUGGUCUUCGAUAGGAACGGCGCUAUUGUUGCUGUAUACAGAAAACCAAUCAAUAUCGAGGCUAACUGCUCAAUGUCGAAAGCAAUACCGACAUUCGCCACCGACUUCGGAACCACCUUCGUACUCUUGAUGGAAGAUGACCUGGUACUCCGGAACCCUGAGGAGUUUAGAGCCAAGAACUUCAUAGUUGCUGGGCCUUUGGAUACCGAGAUACCGUUCUUGAAUGGCCGUGAGUUCGCGUCAUCCUGGGCGUUUGUGACUGGUGCCAAUCUGGUGACGUCAUCAGGCAUAUACGCCGGCAGAGCUGGCUUGGUGACAGGAUCCGGGAAGAUGGUUGUUGCUGAUCUUAAAAAGAAUGGACGACCAGACCAACACGCUUCCCCCAUCAUCACGCCUACAAAGCUGAACUCCCUACCCGGAGAAGACCUUGGUCAGUACAUCAUCAGGCCUUUGAACCUUGAAGCCAGUAUCCGGGGCUACUCCGAGACCGUCUGCCAUGGCCAGUUCUGCUGCGAUUUCUAUGUGAAGACCAGUUAUAUUGGUUCUCAAAAUGAGGUGAGCUACGGCCUGGCAGUAUUCGACGGUGUGCGACGCUUCGCCAGGGAUCACCACAUUGGCACCCAAAGCUGCUCGAUCUUCGCCUGUGCUGGGCUUUACAAGAGGAGCUGUAUUCUCGGACCAAACAAUAGCACGAACACACACUUCGAGAAGAUUACCAUCUCUGGCAGUUUCACCAGGACCAAUGCCGCUCAGUUCCCGACAGUCUCUUCCACUAGUGACGUUCAGAAGAUCACCUUUGACACUAAUACAGUGAAAGACACAAAUAAAGUCACUAUUAACGUAGAAAACGGAAGGAAUUUAAUAAGGUUUGGCAUUUUCGGUAGAGUAUAUUCCAAAGACUUUGAUCGUAAAGGGAAUAGCACCAAUAAUGCUAUGGAAAAUCACUAUGAUUAUUUCUUCACUGAAGAUUUCCAAGAGUUCUUCGAUUAUUUGUGGAUUAGAAUAAGAAUUAUGAUUUUCAUCGUUUCUAUUUAUGUUUUGGAAAUGUUGUAAAGUCUUCUGUUAUGUCAUUAAUUAUUUGUGUUAGGGAGAAGUUAUCACAGAUGUGAUGUCCCUAAUUAGUGGUAGGCGUACCCCUUAAGGGUAGCUGCGCACCUUGAAGGGGUAACUCUAACUUCUCGAGAAGCUGGACGCGUUCACCCAUUCAUUUUCUUAGCCUUUUAUAAUUUUGAUUAUUAAAGUUACGCGAGUUUGAAUUACGUCUUCGAGCAACAGAAAGUAAUUGGGAAACUGCUGAUAUAAAGCGUAGAUUUAACAAUAAGUAUGUAUUUUUAUAUCAAACCAAAUCUAUUUAUUUGCGUGAUACAAAGUCUAUCGUUCUAUAGGGCUAGUUUACCUGAAUUGAAUUGAGUGAGUGAUU